UUCGAGUGUCUCGCCUCAGACGCGUCCGCGGUCUCGAUCCCAGGCCCAGUGCGAGAAGUGUGUGCCGAGGGAAAGCGGGCAGUGCGUGUGAAAACGAGCAUCCGAGAGAAGCCCAGCGACUUAUCUCUGACGCCCAUGAUCUGUGCAAAUUGAAUAAAAGUGCCGUGCUUCUCCGCGAAGUGCCGUCGUCUUUCCAGAGGCCCCAGCAUCUGUAGCCCCAGUGGAUGGUGUGAAAAUAGGAGGCCUCGGAUAUUAAGCCGCGACUGCACUUGCUGAUCGCAUGUGGGGGUGACGCCGAGAUGGGUGAGGGGCUCGAACCGCUGCAUACAGAUACCUCUUGUCUGUUCUGGUCGCAGCCCCAGAUUCCGUCUCGUGGAAAUCUCUUCGAGCAAUCGAAGAUUGUGGGCGAUUCAUCUGAUAAAUCACUGUGGCAAGGCGAGACGCAGUGGCCGACAAGAAACAGAGGAAACCUAUAAAUGGAGUUAUUGAGAUUUUCUUGCAAACACACCAAAAUAAUGGAGUUUGGCUAGAGUAGCUCUUCAUCUCCCAAUCUGGUGGCAAUGGAGCCACCCAGUUCUGGCGUUGUUCCGCCAGACAAAGACAAGGAGAAGAAUCCGCAGUCACCGCAGCCCAGCGCCCUCAGCUUCCCCACAAUCCAGAUAACAUCUGUCGGCGGUGGAUCAGCCGUUGCAGCCUCGGUCGCCAGCUCGGCCGCCUCCUCUUCCGGGCUCACCGCCGGCGGCGGAAUGGCGGGCACGGCGGCGGCGCAGCCACAAACUCUCGAGAGACUCUCCAGGCCCAUGGCGUUCGACAAGAUGGAAGGUCUCGUCCGGGAGAUGCAAGACACGGAGAAUGGCGUGCCAGUGCGAAGCCAGAAGCUCUUCCUCACAUCCAUUCCAUCUGCUUUCAUGGGCUACGAUCUGGUGGAGUGGCUGAUGGAGCGACUGGGCAUUGAGGAAUCCGAGGCGCUGAACAUCGCCAAUCAGCUGUGCCUCCACGGUUACUUCUUCCCCGUGAACGACAGCAAGACGCUGGUGGUGAAGGACGACUCCUCGCUGUAUCGCUUCCAGACGCCCUACUACUGGCCAUGGCAGCACAAGGCGCCGGACAAUGUGGAGUACGCCAUCUACCUGGAGAAGAGAUCCAUGAGGAACAAGCAGCGCCACGGUCUGGAGGACUACGAGAGCGAGGCGCUGAGCAGUCUGCACAAGAACCUGAAGGGCAAAUGGGACAUCAUAAAGAUGCAGGCGGAGGAGCAGGUGAAGCUGGCCAAGGAGCGCAAGAAGGGUGACAAGAUCGUAGGAGAUUCGCAGGAGAGAGCGUACUGGCGCGUCCAUCGGCCGCCGCCGGGGCAAUUCACGCCGCUGGAGCCGUGUCCUGUGCCGUCGCGCGAUCGUCAGGGCCGGCCGAGGCGGCGCAGCGCGGACGAUUGGCAGCGUGAGGUGGACUUCCUGGCCGCCUCGCUGGGGCGCACGCGGAUGAAGAUGUCGCAGGCGUGCGAGAGUCUCGUGGCGUACCAUGAGAUCUUCGCCGAGUACGAUCCGCUCAUGCAGCCGGCGCUGCCGUCGAAUCCGUGGGUGUCGGAGGACACGACGUUCUGGCAGCUCAACAGCGCCCUCGUGGAAGUGCCCACGGAGAAGCGCGUGAAGCGCUGGAGCAUCUCCAUCGAGGAGCUCGUGUCGGAUCCCACGGGCCUCAUCGAGUUCACGGCGUACCUCAAGAAGGAGUACUCGCACGAGAACAUCCGCUUCUGGCUGGCCGUCAAUGAUCUCCGGCGGUCGGCGCACUCUCAGAUCGCUCGCAAAGUGAAGGAGAUCUACGAGGAAUUCCUCGAGCCUGGAGCACCAUGUGAGAUCAAUGUGGACUGCAAGACGAUGGAGAAGGUGCAGCAAGGCUUGAAGAGCCCCUCGAGAUUCACCUUCGACGCGGCCGCGGAGCAUAUCUACGCUCUGCUGCUGAAGAAAGACUGCUAUCCGCGCUUCAUUCGCUCCGAGCACUACAAAUCCCUCCUCGCCAGCGGAAUCCAGCCGUCGCACAAGAAGCGCUUCUUCGGCUUCGGCGGCGCCGGAAAGAAGAAGGCCUCCACAGCGGUGACCCCCAAUGUUGGCCUCCUGACCCAGGGUUCGGGGUCGGGCAUGACGAACCCACAGAGCAGCCUAGGUCGGCGGCGUGGCAGCGACAGGAGCCUGUCAGGGUCGGCACACGAGUUGGCCGUGUCCGGAGUGAAAGACGCUUCCGGCAAAGUUCCGCACUCGCACAGUCAGAGCAAUUUGAGUGACAUUCCCUACAGGGGUGAUAUGCCAUCAGGUGGGUUGGUUAUAGCUGUUAUAGCGGAGCAAUCGGAAGUCCCAAACAAAGUUGCCCCCACACUCUCCCCUGGAGGAUUCAAUCAGAAAACGAAAAUUCAAGAGCCAGCCAGUCUCGAGGCGUCCGCCGAGACGUCCGCCGUGUGCCCAUGGGAUUCCGGUCCAUCCGUGGAGUCAUCCGUGUCCGUGUCCAUCUGUCCGUGGGAGGAGGAGGGUGCGAGCGUGCCAUCGAAUAAAUCAGGAGCCAGACCGAAAGUGCCAUCGCAGUUGGAGAUCAGGAAUACGUCCAGUGAAAUUACAGAAGUUUCCGAGAGAAUGAGACGCUCCUGUGGCCUCAGGCAGAACACCCUUGAUUCUGAUUUUCACAGCACAAAGCGUCUUAUGCCCGCCGUCACGGAGCAAAGAAGAGCUUCAGUUACUAUCGCACCUAGACUCUCCGAUCUGCAAUUUUCCACACGUCAGUCCUCCCUGGGCGCCGGAAUCUCAGGGAUUUUCGCAUCAGCUCCGCUUCCCUUUACCGAUCAUCGCUACAGCACGUCGCAGCUCUCGCUCUCAACCUCGGGUGCCGAGGACAAGGAGUCGGGUAAGGCGAAGCCGGGGCCCAUCCAGGAGGAGGCGGCCAAGGGCGGCAGUCCGCGGAGGGCGGCGAGCGAGGAGAAGAGCGCCAAGACACCGCUCGGGCGCAGCAAUGAGUCCCUGACGGUGGAGAGUGCCGCUCAGGCGCCGACGCCAGAGGCAGAGCCCAGAUCGCAGGGCGUCACGCCGACCAUCAGCGUGUGUCCCAUUGAGGAGGUAGAGCCUCCGGAGCCCGUGGGCAUCGUGAAGAAAUCCACCAGCUUCCAGCUCGUGAAGGAGGUGGUCGAGGAGGAGGACGACGAGAUCAUCAAGUGCACCUCGGCGGCCGAAGAUGCGGCCUCGGCCAAGGCGGAGAGCGUCUCGCCGACGAUCGAGGAGUAUCAGGAGUGCUUGGAGAAGUUUCCCAGGCACAGCGUGCGCCAGGAGUCGUCCGAGGACUAUGACUACGACGAGAUGCCCGCCGAGGGGCGCGUGACGCUACAGCCGGGCUGUGUGGCGCCGGCGCCCACUCCGGCGCCCUCCAUAGCGCCGCUGGCCGAGGUGGAGCAGGACACGCAGGACGAUGAGCCGGAAGAGGAGGAGGCAACCACGCCGGCGGCUACGCGCUCCACGCCGUCGACUCCGGGCCCAGAGAGCGCGGCAGCUGGGCAGAAGAAGAGGCGCAAGAAGCGGGACUCGGAAACGAAGCACAGCGACGACAGCAAGGAUGAACAGGGCGAAAAGAAGAGCCAGGAGGACGAUGGCAAGAGGAAUCCGGUGUGUCCCUGGGAAGAUGAAGACAUGUCCGCAACUGUAGACGCGCCAUUUGUUAAAACUUACGCCACUCUUGGCUAUCUCUGAGAGAGGGAAUGACAACUGUGACAGAGAUUGACGCUGAGGAAGGUGAAAAUCCACGAUAAACUUUCAAAAGUUGUUAAACUGAUAUUUAAAAAGAAAAAAAACUCUAUCCAAAGAAGUGGAAGGAAGACAAAGAGAUGAAAUAUACUUGAGAAAAUAAAAAUCUUACAUCAUAGGCUUGUCUGUACUUGUAUUAAUUAAAGAAGAAGAAAAAGGGUGGUGAAAAGGAGCAGAGAAAAGAUGAAAUCUAUAAAAAAAAAACUUAUUGUUGUUAGAUAACAUUAUUGGAUUCAUGCCUAACAUUUUAAAGAUGAUAAAACACUUUGCAUGGACGGUGAAGAGAGAGUAAUUUAGGCGUAUAACAAAUUCAUUCCCUAUUUUCUGCGAGAAAACACACUCGUGAGUAAGAACGGGGAUUUUUCCACAGUGCUUUCCGGCUUGUUGGGCAAUUGAGAUUUCACAGGAGGAAAAAAGGCGCUCAAUGGAAAUUCACAACUCGGCAAAUACGGAAAACCUGGUUGUGUCGUUGCCAAAAUCGUUAAUUUGCAGCGCAAUUGUUUGAAUUUGUUCACCACAGUUUUCGAAGGGAUGUUUUUCGGGAGGGGGGAGGGGAAUAUUGGGGAUAUUGCAAUGUUAUCAAUAUUGAGGGUGAGUUCACAAAAAGAGCCCCAUAAUGUGCACCGACUUUUUAUUGUCACAUUUCAUUAGCUCCAAUUCAUGCUAUGGUGAACAAGAUAUUCUUGCAUUGUGGAACGUUUUUUGGAAGGCAAUUCAAAGUAAAUUGAAUGCUCUCAAAAUGCCUUUAAUUUCACUCGAGAAAAAAGGAAGAAAAAAGUAUGUAAUAAUAAUAAUACAUAAAUAUAAUAUUUAAUGGGAAAGUAAAAGAAAAAAUUAUAAUCCAGUAAUAAAUGUUUAUUGAAUAUUAAUCUUAUUGUAGCAUUAUUGUAAUCUCCUAAAUAAUAACAUAAAUAUCAAUGUUCUAUGAUAAAUAUAUGUAAACAGUAAAAACCAACGUCACAUUUUGAACACAGUUAGAGAGAAUAAGAGAAUGAGAAUUGCAAAGAAACACAAAAGGAAUGAAGACAUUUUUUUCUCCAUUUUCUGUCGCAGAAGGAAAAAAAAACAAUUCUCCGCGCAUUAAAAUACAGGGAAAAUGAAUUAUUUACUCACAAACAUUGUCAAACCAGGAUCAAAUCACAAGUUAAAAUAAUAAUGUGGAAAAAAAAAUCAGUGAAAAACGACAAUUCUAAUGAUAGAAUGAAGAAAAAUGCCCACGUUGACACAAAGAGAGUGAAGAAAAUGGAAAUUAGGAUAAACUUUCGUAAAUCACGAAUUCAGUAGAGAAAAAUAUUAAAUAAAAAUUUAAUCCUAGUUCGUAAAUAUUUAAUGAUAAAUUCAGAGUGGAAAUUCAAGGCAUUGCAUUUUGAUUGCGGCACAAUUUUUCCAAACAAAGAAUUAAAUACAAAAGAGAAGUUCUGAGUGACAAAUUCUUUUGGGGGAUUUUUUCCUCUGGUGAAAUCCAAUUGAUCAACACUGGAAGUCAUUUGGGGUGAGAAUCUCGGUGAAUUAUUCAUUUUUAAAAUAGAGGGUGGAAAAAAUAAUCCUGAAUAGAACUAAAUAUUCUUUGCGUGAAGAAUUUAAAGAAAAGAGAAAUCGUAAAUGUAGCUAUUUGUCUUAGCCAGGAAGAAUAAAUCUAAUAAAGAAACAUCUUGUUUUCUAACAAUGAAAGUGUCAAAAGAAAAUCCAUAAAUGAAGAGAAAAUCAUAAAAUUUUAUCUAAAAAUACAAAAAAAAAUUUCAUCUAAAGAAGAAAAAAACCUUAAAUGUAAGAAAACAAUUUUUGUGCUCUAGAAAAAAAGGAAGAGGAGAAAAAAAAACACUACAGAAGAUAAAAUCGUGGUUAAAAAAGUGUGGAAAACUGAUUUUUAUUAAAUAUUUAAAAAAAAAGUAAAUAUAUUGAAAUAUAGAGUAUUGAAAAUGUUGAAUUUUACUAGAAAGUAUCUUUUUUUUAUUUGUAAGAAUUGCAUUAGUGAGAAUACUUAUACGGAAUAUUUUGUGUACUUCAGCAUAUAAUCAUUGUCAAGUAAGGAGUAAAUAAAACAUUUUUUGAUGGCCUACAGAUUGAUGAUGACUUGUGUUUGGCGAGCGUCGAGAGGAAAGACAGGCAGUGAAGUUAAUUUAAACUAAACAUAAUUUUUUUUCUAAUAGAAGAGGAAGAAAUUAUGAGAAUAGAUAAGAUGAGAAUCAUAGGAAAAUUCCCACACUAAAACACACACAUAAGAAAAAAUGUAACCACCGUUUAGUUUGCAGACAGAAUAGAAGAAUGUGAACUAUAUUUCUGGAAAAUAGUAAAAAAAAUAGCUGAGAAAUCAAUUAAUGUGUAAAUAGUGAUCAUUCAUGAGAUGUACUCAUUAACAUGAGACUUUGUUAGAGGAAAAAUUAAUAAAAAAAAAAAUGAUUAAAAGUGAGGUAAAACUUGCCAGUUUUUGUGCCGCUAAAAAAAUAUUAAACUAACUAGUGAAAAACAUAAAGUAAAAAAAAAGAAAACGUUUCGAUUAAUAUAUUAUUAUUAACGCACAAAAUCCAAUUCUCUCCAAACUUCCUGUUUUCCCAUCUUAAAUCUCAAAAAUUUCUGAGCAAUCGCGUGAUCCAAAGUCACUUUCUUUUUCCGCCCCUCAAAAAAAAAAACAAAACCAAACAAUAAAUGUUUGAGAGAAAAAGAAGAGAAAAAAAUUCUGCAGAAGCAAACGAAAAAUCCCUCAAUGGAUCGUGAAUGUCUCAAUCUGAAAAAAAAUGUGCGCCAAUAAGAAUAUAUUCAAGUGGAAUUUAGAUAAAGUAUGAAUUUAAAAUUGAAAAAAAGGAAUAUUAUGAAGAAAGAUUUGAAGGAGAAUAUAAAAUUGUUGAUAGAAAAAUUAUGAUUAAUCGAAAUAAAAAGUACAAUAAAAAUGCA